UAAGAAGAAAAACAGUCUCAAAAUGGGUUAAUUCCUGACUUUACUUUCGCUUUUGGCUAUUUUCCAGUCAACUUGGAUUGACUUACGUUCUUCCUCCUGUCCGGUCCAAAAUCUGGCAGUAAAAUAUUAAACAAGUUAGCGAAGAUGUUACAGAAACUAACUAAAAGCAAGAACUCGUGACUUUGCCAAUUUGUCAUCCCAUGAAAGACACGAAUAAGAUUUACAAAUCUAUUUGUUUUCUCGGCGACCCAUAACGUCGCUUUUCCUUGCAGUUUCAACAAGCUCAGAUUCAAGGAAAGAAAGUUGAUGUAUUAAAGCUCAUCUUUUGUCAUUUGGGUCAUGUUUGUUUAGGGUUUUGUUUUGUGGGUUUUGAAGAUCAGAUUUAAAGUUGCUGCUUUUUCUUCUGCUUCUUAUUGGCAAUGGAAUUGAAGAAGGAAAAGCUUGUCAGGUUUUAUUCUGAUGGGAAACGGCAGAAAGAAACUCCAUGGGGAAAGAAUGACCCGUCACUCCUUGAAAAGUCAUCUUCUGGGUACAAGAUUUCAUUUUCUUCAGUGCUGAAACCGGAGAAUGGGAUAGUGGGAGGAAGAAAUAGACUUCCUGAAAUAGGAAAAAUUGGAAGGACGAAGGCUUUUCCACAGGCCAAUGCACCAUGGUACAAGAGAAUUCUUGAUCCUGGCAGUGAGAUUGUGUUACAAUGGAACUGGGUUUUCAUUAUUUCCUGCUUGGUGGCACUUUUCAUUGACCCAUUGUAUUUUUAUUUGCCUGCUGUUGGAGGGCCUGCAACCAAUUCGUGUGUAAAGACAGAUACAAGCUUGAGAAUUGUUGUUACAUGUUUUCGGACUAUUGCUGAUAUUUUCUACUUGUUGCACAUAAUUAUAAAGUUCAGAACAGGUUAUGUUGCACCAAACUCUACAACUCGAGUGUUUGGAAGGGGUGAACUUGUAAUGGACCCUAAGAAGAUUGCACAGAGGUAUCUUAGAUCUGACUUCUUUGUAGAUCUCAUUGCAACACUGCCUCUUCCUCAGAUAGUUAUCUGGUUUAUCAUUCCGGCAACAAGAAGUGCUCGAACUGACCAUAACAACAAUGCCCUUGCACUAAUUGUUCUGCUUCAGUACAUUCCCAGAUUAUAUUUGAUUUUUCCAUUAAGUUCUCAAAUUAUUAAAGCAACUGGAGUGGUUACGAAGACUGCCUGGGCGGGUGCUGCCUACAAUCUUCUCCUAUACAUGUUAGCUAGCCAUGUCGUAGGGGCAGCAUGGUAUCUGCUCUCUGUUGACAGGUAUACGUCAUGCUGGAAGAAAAUUUGCAAAACAGAAUUUGCUCCUGUCAGAUGCAGUCUAUACUAUUUAGAUUGUGACACUUUUGGCAGUGACGAUCGCAAGAUGUGGGCGGAUGUUACAGAUGUGUUCAAGAGCUGUGAUCCAAGAAGUGACAUAAAUUUCCAAUAUGGCAUAUUUGAAAGUGCAGUAAAAAAAAAUGUUGUCUCUUCGGGCUUUCUCGAGAAGUAUUUCUAUUGCUUAUGGUGGGGCUUACAGCAACUUAGUUCCUAUGGCCAGAAUUUGUCAACAACAACAUUCAUUGGGGAGACACUAUUUGCUAUACUUAUUGCUAUCUUGGGCCUUGUUCUAUUUGCCCACUUGAUUGGCAACAUGCAGACAUACCUGCAAUCCCUCACAGUGAGACUUGAGGAAUGGAGACUUAAGCGAAGGGACACUGAGGAGUGGAUGAGGCAUCGCCAACUCCCUGAAGAUUUAAAACAUCGUGUUCGACGUUUUGUUCAGUAUAAAUGGCUUGCAACACGGGGAGUUAAUGAAGAAGCCAUCUUGCGUGGCUUACCUGCUGAUCUUAGUCAUGAUAUCCAACGUCACUUAUGCUUGGACCUUGUUCGACGUGUCCCCUUUUUCGCCCAAAUGGAUGAUCAGCUGCUUGAUGCAAUAUGUGAGCGUCUUGUAUCGUCCUUGAGCACUGAAGGUACCUAUCUAGUUCGUGAGGGUGACCCUGUGACAGAGAUGCUCUUCAUUAUUAGAGGUAGAUUAGAGAGUUCAACAACUAAUGGUGGUCGAACUGGUUUCUUCAACUCAAUUGUGCUGAGACCUGGAGAUUUUUGUGGAGAGGAACUACUGGCAUGGGCUUUGCUACCAAAAUCCACCAUGAACUUGCCCUCUUCUACUAGAACAGUCAGAGCUUUAGUUGAGGUUGAAGCUUUUGCACUACGUGCUGAAGAUCUUAAAUUUGUGGCUAACCAAUUUAAACGGCUCCAUAGCAAGAAACUACAGCACACCUUCCGGUUUUACUCCCACCAUUGGAGGACAUGGGCAGCUUGCUUCAUACAGGCUGCUUGGCGUCGGUACAAAAGGAGGAUGAUGGAAAACAAUCUGACUAUGACAGAAUCAUUUACUUUGGAUGAGAAAGGGGAUGAUGAGACUGGGCAGGAGGAAGAGAAAAUAUUCCCUGCUGGCUCCAAUUCUUCUCAGACGAAACUUAACCUUGGAGUCACCAUAUUGGCAUCAAGGUUUGCAGCAAAUACUAGGAGGGGAGCUCAAAAGAUAAAGGAUGUUGAUUUGCCAAAAUUACAAAAACCCGAAGAACCUGACUUUUCUACUGAGCCUGAUGAUGACUGAUUGUUUGCAUUGUGAUAGGAGUAUAUGUUGCUUGAGCUUCUCUACUUGGGGUCAGACAUAUUUCGGUAUAAUAGCAGAUUCAGAAUCUUGUUGAUGGGAUCGGGAAUCCCGGAUCUUGAACAGAUGUGGAUGGAAACCUUUCUGACGUGCAGGAGAAGGUUGUGUUGUGCACUACCUGUAUACUAUUUGCUAUCUAUUAGUGGGGUUUCAUCAAAUGCUAGCUGAGUCUAACCCAUGAGCCUUGGAAAAUACUGAGAUAUUAGCAAAUUGAUUUGAUGUAAAAGGUUGGCGAUCAUUCUGAUUCUCUUAUAAUAUUUACUCAUAAAGUGCAUUUGGCAAGAAGAUUGGCCUAAGGUCGAA